UAUAUCGGGUACGUUACCAGCCGGUUGUCAUUUGAUAGACUUGUAUCAAAAUAGAAACAUGGUUGGAGCGAAAACCUUCGUGUCGGCAUGCGCGCUGGCCGUUCUGCUUUGUGUUUCCAAUGUGGAUGCCUUCAAGUGCUAUGAUUGCAGUGGGACGGAUUGUGCGGACGAGUUCACUAAAAGUUCUAGUUUGGAAAGUUCAUUAACAACUUGCGUGGCCUGCACCAAGACAAAGACAAGCGGCGUUGUAACCAGAGACUGUUCUCUGGUUGCUAUUGGCAACGACUGCACGACGUCGGGCGAUGAUGCAUACUGUACCUGUGACAGCGAACUCUGCAACGGCUCCAACAACAUGGCUGUUUCCAUGGCAACGCUACUGGGCGCCACACUCGUCGUCUUCUUUUCUAAUAUUUAAUAAACUUAAAAUGUCAUGGCUGUUCGAAAACAUCCUAUAGCAUACAAUAAUCUUAAUACAUGCGACAACAUGUACCUUAUGUCGACCAUUAACAGAUAAGAUAAAAUUUAAUAUUAAUUUCAUAAAAUCAAAAUAAAUGCAGAUGUAUUUCAAAUAGUAUAAAGUUAAAUAUGUCCAAAUGAUUAAUUUCAAUAAUAAAUGAAUUGGUGAUAACAAUAUUGAAUGGUUCCCCAAAUCAUUGUUUGUACUGUCGUUUGCUUUAACGAUGUUCUUUUUCUCAAACUAAUUAAAAAUGUUACUAAAACAUACGGCAUGAAAUCACUAAUAUGGACCAACUGUCAGAAUCUUCUUUUCAUUACGUUGUUUCUUUUGUGUGUGUUGUAAAACAUCAAAAAAGCAAACGUAGAAGUGUGCAUAUUUAUGGCAUGUAUGAAAUAUUAAACCACAGGCAUUUAAGCAAGUACAGUUUACAGAUUGUUUAUAUUGUUACACUGAUUUAUCUUUAUAAAGCAUUCUUUUUUUAAGUAUCAGCACACGACCACUUGCACUAAAAAUAUUUCCAUUGUGUAAAUGGUUUUCAUACAGUUUAUUAUGAUUUCGCGUCUUUUAUAACUGAUUUACAGUGUUAAAAAAUGAAUCACUUUAAAAUGACAAUUUUACUAUCAAACGAAAUGAUUAGCUUCUUGUAUUAAUGAGGCAUUUAUUUAUUUUGUAUACACGAAUCACCGAUUAUAUGUACAAUUAUAUGUGUUCGUAUGAAAGCAAAUAAACAUCUUUUUUC